CCAGUGGCAGUGCCCACUGCAAAGAUGGAGGACCUAGGCCCAGUGGCAGUGCCCACUGCAAAGAUGGAGGACCUAGGCCCCGUGGCAGUAAACACUGCAAAGAUGGAAGACCUGGAAGACAAAUCUGGUGCAAAGAGCUACGGAUGCUUCCGGGGGCUCUGGAGACGCCUGUUCCGGCGCAGGAAGUCCACAAAGGCUGCCACCCAUGAUGCUGAGGACAAGGCAUCGAGGCAGACCCCUGCAACAGAAGGCAAGACCCCUGCAGUGGAAGGCAAGAAGACCCCUGCAGCAGAAGGCAAGAAGACCCCUGCAGCAGAAGGCAAGAGACGAAGAUUCUGGAGGAGACGUGUCACGAAGAAGACCGACACUCCGGCUACGUAGAUGCCCUUUAAAGUGGCUUUAAAGUAUGUGAAUGAAUGAAUUCAUAUACUUUCCUAUUGUGUUAAAUUAAUGCUAUGCCACUAUGUAUGUAUGGAUGGAUGGAUGUAUGUAUGUAUGUAUGGAUGUAUGUAUGUAUGGAUGGAUGGAUGGAUGUAUGUAUCAUGUAUGUAUGUAUGUAUAUAUGGAUAUAAUUGUACGUAACAGAUGGAUAUAGUUGUACAUAACAGAAUACUUUGUAGAUUAAUGAAAGUA